AUGGGAAGUGGCGACUUAAAUCUACUUAAAUCAUGGAACCCACAUCUACUCAAAAAUAAGAAAAAGGUAUGGGAAACAGAGCAGCAACUUCUAGACGAAAAACGGAAGAUCGAGCAGAGACAGACCGAAAUUGCAAAGGAAAAAGAACUAGAAGACCUUACUUCUCUGAAUAGAGACGGAACUUCUUCUAAACGAAAAACUGGUCUAGAAUGGAUGUACAGAGAUGAAGCAGCCAGAAAUACCGAAAACGACGAUUUCCUACUAGGCAAGAAAAAGAUAGAUGCUUCCAUACUCAAGAAUACCAAUGAAAAGAGAAACGACUCUACAAGCCGCAAAAGAUUUGACAACUCAUCUAAAGGUCUCGAGGACCUUAUACCGAAAAAUAAACCGAAAUCCAUUGAUCUAUCCAGAGAGGAUCCCAUGCUAAAACUACAAAUGGCCAAAAAACUGAAAUCAAAUCAACCUACCACCAAUUCGAAUACAGUCAAACUCGGCAUACAUAAAAGAUCAACUAGAGUUCCCAACUCUUUCCAGAAACAACUAUCACACGAUACACCCAAUACCCACUUUACUCAACCUAAUAAUAAUAAUAAUCAUGGAAAUUAUAAAUCCAAAACUUCCACCGAAACAAAAUUUGAUCUAGAUUACUAA